CACAUGUUAUUGUUGUGAGCGGUUUCGCAGUGUACGUGUGUACACUGCGCAGACGUCGAGGUCAGUGAGAAUUAUCCACUUCACGAUCAUAGUGAAUUGCCAAGCUUAUAGCUUUCCUUUCUAUCUCGCACAAACCGUUUCGUUUGUUUGCUUGUUUUUGUUUUUUCUUAUUUUGGGGGUUCCAAAUUCAUCUAUUUCUAAAUCAUUGGCCUGAGGGUGAAAUGAAGACAUUUGUGCGUCUGAAUUGCAUCACGUGACACUAUACUGCAGCGAUUUGUGCUUGUACAUACACUACGCAGCGAAUGUCAUGUAGGCAGCUAUGUAGAAUGCUUUAGUAUUCAAAGAUGUAUAUUGCCGUCUAAAUGCCUGUAUGCAGGGCAGCUGUUGUUUGGAUGGAACACACAUAGUGGCUGAUUUGAAAGACUGUAAAAGCCAUCUGUUGUGAAUCAAGAAGUAGCCUUACCUACAAUCAUGACGGGGAAGUGUGGACUAUCCCGACCCUCUCUUACUCGAUGGCGAUGGUUGAUCCUGGUUGCAGCUCAUAUAUGUCUUAUGUUCGUUGAUGGCAUCUCUAACUGCACAGGGGUCUUCAUAGUCCACUGGCAGCAUCACUUCCAAGCCUCCACGGCUGAGCUUAGCACUGUUCUUAGCAUACAGAUGGGAGCAUACCAUUUUGCAGGAGCAAUUUCUGGGGCAGCCAUUCACAAGCUUGGAGCUCGUGUUGUUGUCAUCAUCGGUGGAACCAUUAGUACUAUUGGUCUUCUUGUGAGUAGUGUAGCGCCCUCUCCGUGGGUCCUGUACGUGUCUGCUGGUCUUCUUGCAGGUGUUGGUUACGGCUCUACACUUAACGCCAUAACAGUUUGCAUCGCUGAAUACUUUACGAAGUACUACAGUAUAGCUCAAAGCAUAGCCAGUGCGGGUUCAGCCGUCGGUAUAAUCCUGCUUCCGCCCCUGACCCAAUACCUGGUAUCGGAAUAUGGAUGGAAAGGAGCUUAUCUUGUGCUUGCUGGAUUGUUGGCCAAUUCCCUUGUUUGUGGCAUGUUGCUUCGUCCUCUGUCGAGUUUCCCGCGUGAAGUUGAUGGUUGUGAUCACAUGCAACCAGAAGAGGGAGCACUAAAGAAGGAUGCAAUGACUCAGUUUGAAGGGAGUGAAGACGAGGACGAUAACGAACAGGAGAACGACCACGGGGAUGUGGAUUUGGAUGAAGUUACGUCACCAAGCAAUAGAAAUAAUGCUUCUAGAACUACCGACAACACUGGCCAUGGCUGCAGUGACGAGUACCAAAGGUUGAGCAGAAGACGUCAAUCUCGUCUGCAGAGUUUGGGAGGAGUCACUGGAGCCUCACUCUUGAUCGAAAACUACCGCUUCAGUCUGAUUGUUUUCGUGUUAUUCUUCUCUGGUCUCUGCAUGUCUGCCAUCAUGACGCAUCUUGUACUUAGUGUGGUGGAAAAAGGGAUCAGCGAACAGGCAGCGUCUUUCUUGAUGUCUUUCUUUGGUAUUGGAAAUCUUAUCGGAAAGAUAAUUUCGGCUGUUCUAUUGGGCAGGAAACUGAUAAGCGUCACCAAGUUGUUUGGUAUCGCCAUCUUUGGCUGGGGAAUCUCGACCAUGUUCCUUCGAGUCCCGACAACGUAUUCUUGGUUCAUUGUCGUAGCGUUGUCGGUCGGUACUUUUAGCGGCAUCGACAUCUGUACGGUAGCAAUUGUACUAAAGGAAGUUGUUGGAGUCGCAAAAUUAGGGCGAGGUUUCGGAGUUCUUAUGGUCUUCACGGGUAUCGGAUGUCUCAUUGGACCCGUCCUUGGAGGUUGGAUAUAUGACCGAACCAAGAGCUUUGACAUAUCUUUUUUCUUGUUCGGAGCAUUAUUGGCCGCAUCAUCUUUCUCUCUCCUCCUCUUUGGAAAACUGAAAAAACUUGAAGACCGCCAUCAGCGACGAUCAAUUGCAGAAGCUAGCCGAAAGAAGAGGAUGAAUCCUGAAGAGUUUGAGUGCGAUGAGGUCGAGAAACUGAGGCGAAAGGACAGUAAGGUUAAGUGGAAUGAAGAUUCGAAACGCGACAGAGACGUGGAGGUCGUUGCUCUGAAUGGACAUGCCGAUGGAGAUGGAUGUCGACAAGAAGACGUGGGAAUCUGAAGUUUGAUACGUCUUAUAAGAUCACAGUGAAAACUCCACAGAAAAUGCGGUCUGCUUCAUCUGGGCCCCGUCUUACAAAGAGUUGAUAUCAAUCGCAACUAUAUGGCAUAAGAGAUAGGAGACUGCAGACUUGCGAUUGAUUGGAGGACUUGCUAUUGCUUUUGAUCAAUCGUAAAUUUUUGUUAGACGAGGCCCACGUAUUCUUCUUUUUUUAAAAUGACAUUCCAAAUGAUAAGAUGAAGGCGGUGAGGCCAAUUAGUGUAGUCUCAGGGCAACAAAAGUCGAUAUUUAGAGACCGAGGUUUCAGUCAAAGUGACAGCACGAGCCACGAUAUAGAUAAUGAACUUUUUGUACCAGUGUGGUAUUAUUGAACUACUAAUUACUGUUUAUAUAUUAUAAAAUUAAAACUUUAUGUACUGUAAUGUGGCUCGGAUAAAUAUGUCAUCAAAUAAUUUACGGAAAUAUUCCAGAUACCGAAUUACCGAUUUACAAAAUCUGAUGUUGUACUGUAUGUCAAACUUGUCAACGUGGAUAAUGAUCAUGUGUGGCACAGAUCCUAAAUCUUGAUCUGUAUUUAUUUAUUUUGUUCGCUCUGUCUUUGUCUGUCUCUCUUCAUCUCUCUCCUUCUCUCUCCUUCUCUCGCUCUCUCUUUCUCUCUCCUUCUCUCGCUCUCUCUUUCUCUUUCUCUCGCUCCAUUUGUGUACAUUGUAUCGUCCCAUCACAAGAUAGUUUUGAUUCACUGUUUCGAUUUUUCGCCCAUUUCCAUGUGUGAUAUACAUGGAUUAUAGCUUUGCAAUGAACACCGUUAUAACUCGGUAAUAACGCAACCUCGUCAUCGAGGGGCGAUUGGGUUUCAAAAUAGUAAUGACAUUCCAACUGUAAACACCGAACCUUUGAAGAGCCCUAAAUUUCAGGCUUUUUUUUUUAGAAUGUCACAUCUUUGAGACGUAAUUAUUAUAUCUUCGGUAAAUUUUAAUAUAUUCCAGCAAAUAGUCUUGGAAGUUAGUACAGUCAAAACUGCUUUAGCGACCACCUGUAUAGAAAGCCCAUCUGUCCAUAAUUACCACAUUUUUCGUUUCCACUGAAAAUGGUUUCUCAUUGUAGAGGUGUCGUGGUCCAGUGGAUAUGUCACCGGACUGUGGAUUACAAGGUCCGCGGUUUUAGUCCCGCCGCGGCACUAGUAUCCUUUGGCAAGACAUUGAUCUACAUCUCCACCCAGGUGUUUAAUGGGUACCCGUUAGGAUGCGAACGUAAAUGUGGUUAGAUGAGCAAGUGUGCGCUUGUGAAAAUGACGCCUGGCUGGAAUGCUCCCCAGGGAGUGGAGAAUGUGCAUACUUUAUGUGCAGGUAAGCCUGAAUGCGAUGAUAGGGGUAAACUGUACAGCGCUUUGAGAGGGUCAGUGGUCCUGAAAUGCCCUAUAUAAGAACGAACUAUUAUUAUUAUUAUUAUUAUUGAAGCCUGUACUAAAAGAACCUUUACAUAAACACCAUCUGCCUGUAAAGACCACUUUUCAUGCUUCCCUAGAGCGGCCUUUAUAUACAGGUUUCACUGUGUACCAAAAUGUAUUCAAUUAUUAAGAAAAAAGUCAUGCGAGUAUUAGCAAUCAACCGGCCUUCUCGGUUCUUUACUUAAGAGCAUUUGAUUCCUAAGACUUAUCCAUAAUCCCUUUAGUUACCAACCUGGGCAAAUAUAUUCAUCUGAAUGUUAUAAGGAAUAGGGAUGUAUUAUGGAAUUGGUAAACGUGAGAUGUUUGGUAAUAAUUAUUCCCGGUUAUAUGGUGUAUUGUCAUUUACUUUGGUGAAUAUUGUAUGUUGUGUCAUAGUGAUGCAACAAAAAUGUAAAUUCUAUUUUAUUAAUGUCAUUUGUCUAUAAAUCAUAUACAUGUUGUAAUAAUUCCCUGCUAAAAUGUUUAUGAUAUUAAUAUGCGUUGUUAUAUACAAUGAAUUGUCGUAUACCUCCCGAUGUAACAUGGUGCUGUGAUUGUAAUCAAACGGGAUUGUGAAUAAAUUACGUCAUUAGUAAUUUCAUCUA